CAGACCUAGCCUACAACAGAUCAGCCAUCGGGGAGAUCACAGACGGGAACGACGGGACAUGUGGCACCAAUGGGAAGAUCACAAUCACUGUUGAUCUGGACCGUCCUUACAUCUUUACCUGGCUCCGGGUUCGCUUCAGCCGAGCUGGUGUCCUGCCUACUGUCGAUGUGGCCUUCUCAUACAACUCGGGCAUCUUUUUCUGCCAUAACCCGAGAAGAAGCAGCUUGGACAGUCAGACCAUGGACAUCUACUGUGACGUGGGAAGCUUGAUAGACAGUGUGUUUCUCUCGGGUAGCGGCGUCAAGAUAUUUGUGUUCACUUUAUGUCGUAACAUAGCCCUGAAACAGCUGACUCAACAGACUAUUACAUACGCUGAGGUUAGUAGUGACGUCAACAAUCCUUAUAUAGAGUUUGCGUCCGACCGAGCCGUCGAUGGGAAGUCAGACCCCAAAGUCAACACGGAAAAAGCGUGUGCAAUUCUGGAACGGGAUGGGACGCCUCCAUCAUGGACUUUGAUUCUGCCCAGCAUGCAAAAUAUCACUAGGUUUGUCAUCUACAGCACAGUCGAAAGCAAGACACAAAUCGCUGGCUUCACCCUGGAGUGUUUUCUCGAAAAUAGCACUCGGGUGUUUCAGUAUGUGGACACAUCACCGAUCAAGCGUAACAGGUAUAUUGUUGUUCCACCGAAAAUGUACAGUGGCAUUCAGAAGGUAGUUGUUCGACACAGCUCCACCAACAUCGUAUUUUCCCUGUGUGAAGUGGAAGUGUAUGGGGAUUCCAUGUGCGAGUCUAAGCGGUACGGACAUCGAUGUGAGCACACCUGUGGCUGUGCCGGCAAUGCCACUUGUUUUCCAAGCACAAGAAUGUGUCCAGCAGGAUGCGCUCCUGGUUACCAGGGAGCUGGCUGUGAUCUUGUCUGUCAGCCCGGGAGGUACGGAAAUAACUGUACGUCCUCGUGCAGUGGCAACUGCAUGCAAACGGGCAAUGCCACUUCUCGACGGUGUGACCCCAUUACUGGUAGAUGUCUGAAAGGCUGCAUGCCGGGAUUUACGGGUGAAACGUGUCAUGCACCCUGCCCGCCCGGGACGUACGGAUACAAUUGCGAAAGCAUCUGCAGUUUCAAUUGCAGACGGGAGGGCACUCAUAAUGGUCGAGUGUGUGAUCAUAUCACAGGCAAAUGUCUGACUGGAUGCGAGAUCGGAUAUACCGGCUUUACGUGUCAAACAGGUAC